AUGUACGAAGACCGUUUGGUUGUGGAUGUUCCAGAUGCUCAGUGGUUUUGUAAAGACUGUCAGCUUAAGCGGCGUGAACGCCCUCUGGAAACUGGACUUUCAGGGGAAGGGCUUUCAUUAGAUGUGAAAAUGACCUAUUUAUCAUCUUUAUCAAAAGCACAACUGGUAGAACUUAUUCAAUUUGCCGAAACAAUAGACCCCAAACUACCAAUAUAUUCUCCAAGCACACACUCCAUUGCGUUAAAACUCCAGCUUGAGAAUGAUAAAAAGGAACAUCAUACCAGUCAAUCCCAGGUGGACUACGAAGACUUACUGGUAGAUGCCAUUAACGCGAAAUCCAAUGGACAUGGUGUCACUAUUGCUGAGAUUUGGAAGUGGAUUGCAAAAGAAUGUGGGUCCCCUAAUAUUCUAGACUCUACAUUUUUACAAGCGGCUACCCGGGCGUUUCAAAGGGUCCUAAGAAGAGGCAGGAUCCUCAAGAGCGGAUCGUUAUACUUUAUUAAUACGUCAUAUCAACCUCCAUCCGAGCUUUCUCUGGCUCAAUAUUUAUCAUCAAGUGAUGAAGCAAUGUUUGGCGAAGCUACCAUGAUAAUACCUCCGCCAACAGACGACGAUGAAUAUUACACGUAUGAUGAAAACGAGGAAGUAUUUAGUCAUAAAGUCUAUUGUUAUAUUUCCGGUGACUUUAUUCCAGGUUUUAACCUAAUGUAA